GUUCACGCGGCUUACUCUCUCAUGUUACUGCAAGCAACCUGCCAAUGAGUUUCACGCCAUCGAUGAGCGCGAGACGGAGCAUAGACGUGGGCAAACCCGAGGCAGGCGUUGCGGAAUGGGCGAGCCGAAUCAAGGAAUUGCAGCGCCAGGUGGACGAAGAUGACGAGGCGGAGCAGAGGAGGCUUGAGGAGGAGAUUGCGCAGUCUAGAAUGAAGCGGCUAAGUAGGAGAGGUCAGAUGGGACGGCCGGAGAGUUUCGAGAUAGCUAGCACUCCCAAUACUCCGGGCACACCGGUUACGGACGUGAUGAGGGACGAACCGAAAUCGCCCGGCGAAAGGCAACAAGAUCAAUCGGACGCGCUGCGCAAGCUCAUCGGCGGAGGUCCGCCAAAGGAGAGCACAUCGCCACGUCCUCGAUCUCCACUACCGCCCAGGCAAAACACAACGUCUACUCCUUCCUCACAGAGCAGAUCGGAGCCCAUGUCGCUCGCCGCAUUCAUGGGAGGACGCGCUACCGGCCCGCGCCUCAACAGACACCCCGCCCAACAAGACGCCCACGACCCCACGCAGUUCGAGCAAAGGACGCAUAUCAGCGCUCCUCAUCCCGUGUUCGGUCGAGGCGGGGUCGCGAUGCCGGGCAUGGCGACGAAGACGAAACCUCCAAUCACGGGUUCUCCCGUUCGUACGCCAGAGCCCAAACCUACCUCUUCCGUACUUACCUCACCCGUCUCCACUCCAUCAUCCUUCAAUGCUGGUAGGGAACGGAGGACGAGCGUCCCUGCUGUUACGCAGCGCUACCUAGCAAAACUCGAGGAACCCGCCGCGCCGAAAGCCAGCAAUGGACUCAGUGCCCGAGAUGUACCCAGAAGCCGGACAAUCAGCACGCCCACCGCCAAGUCUCCCGUUCAACCGCCACCGAUUGUAUCCUCCCUAUCCUCGCUCCCUCCGACGAUGGAAUCCCGCCGUACCACAAGCCCAGAGCCCUCAUCAACGGCAGCAAAUCCAGUCAAUCCAUCUCCACCCGCGCUCGCCAGAUCCCCGGACCCGAUCACGCCCCCGUCCUCCCGCCCAACCUCCUUUACAUCCCUCCGGCACACCGCCGCCGACUCCGCGCCGCGCACACCGCCAUCGGCCUCUACGCGCUCGCCCGUCACCACGCCCGGGCUCUCGCGCCCGAUCCAGCCGACGCCGAAACAGUCACCCUACACGGCUCAGGUGACGACGCCUGCCGCGAGUCCGUCAGCUGCCUUCCUCCGCGCGCCGCAGCAGAAGCCGCCGACGCCGAGCCUGUCGCGCCUGCAGGGUCGCGGGUUCGUGCAGAACAUGGUGCGCACGAGUCUCGAGCUCGAGUCGGGCGCGAGCCCGCCGCAGGAGAGCGGGAGCGCAGGCAGGGCGGCCGGGAAGAAGACGUCCGUGCUCGAGCGCUGGUCCGCGGCGGCAGCGCCGUCUACCCCGCCGCCACCUGCGUCGCCGACACGCCCCGUGCGCAAGUCAUUCGGAGCGGACGUGUCGCCGACGAAGACGGUGCCUGCGAUCAUACGUCCGUUUGAGGCCAAGUCCACGAGGGCAUCCGCGUCGCCAUUCGCGGGUGAGGAAGGCACGCACACCCCGGCGAGGCCGAACACCACGCCGCCAACGACGACGACGACGACGACGACAGCGAAGAACAUGAGCCCGGGAUCGUCGAACACGCUCAUUUCGUACAUCAAGCCCAUGAAGACCGGCGACGGCGGAACGCCACCGCGCUCGAAGACGCCCACCUCCCGACCGCGCACGCCCGUCAUCCACGAACCGGAAGCAGACGCGGACGAAUUUGGGGUGGCCAGAGGCGUGAGGUCGGGGACGGUGUCGGGCAGGAGCGGGUCUGGGUCUUCAGCAUUGCCUGUAGCAGACUCGCGGCCCUUGAGCCAUCCGACGAAAGACAGAGCCAAGAAACCGCGCAAAGGCAAGGGUGCGAGCUCCUCAACACCAUCCCAGGCACCGGAGAAGGAUGGUCGUGCUUUGACGUCUGCGGUUUCACCUGUAUCGAUGUCGAAACCAGCAGUGGCCCCGACGCCGGCCCCGUCAAGCUUGGGUGUAACAUCAGCACCAGCAAUCAUGGCCGAACUCUCGAACGAUCCCAGGCCCACAGGAACUUCGCCUCCAGUUAUGCGAGCCCCACCCCAGACGCAGCCGUCGGUGGUGGAUCGGUGGGCUCAGCAGCCCAUCAUCGGCAUCAAGCCGAUGGUGCACCGCAAGUCUUACGAACAGCUGGGACAGGGCGGACCCCCUCCACCGCCGCUCAAGAAGACCGAGAGCAACGGAAUCCGACGAGCACUCCCGGGGAUGGCGCAUACCUCUGUUCAAACCCCCGUCGAGAAACCGACACUGGCACCGGCACCAGCACCAGCACCAGUCCCACAACCCGAACUAAAGCCCGCACCAAAGCCUGAACCACCCCGCGCGAAAUCGCCCGCAAUCCGCCACAGCCGGAUUCCGAGUACCGGCUCGCGCGCGCGCGUCAUGGACGUCGCGCAGGCCUUCCAAGAGGAAGCGCGUCGCUCUCCCGAGACGACGCGCAGCCCGAGCCCGGAGAGCCCGAAGGCCGAGCUUGCUCAGUCGCCCAUCCUGCGCCGGCAGACGUCGCAACCGGAUGCCGAAGCGGCCGCUCCGACGCAUCUGCCACCCCCACCGGCGCUGGAGAAGCGCAGGUCGAGCUACGAAAAGUACGCGGUGUUCGCGCUGCCGCCCUUAGAGGAGGAGAGGACGCCGUCGGGCACGCCUGCAGGUACGUUUGCGAAGAUGAGCGUGACACCGAUUGCAGACGAGGACGAGGAGCCGGAGACGAUGGCGACGAAGGUUGCAUCGCGGAUGGAAGGUUUUGUUGAGACCGUUGUCGUGGACGAGCCAGCACAGGAUGAGCGGGCCAGCGGGAUUGUGCAUUUCGAAUUUGUCGACAAGCCACUGCCUCGUCUCAACGUUGGCGCGCUGUUGAAGGCGCGCAUGACGCCUUAUAAGCCUCCUGCGGACGUGUCUACGGUGUCCGUCGACGUCAUGGCUGUGACCGGAUCUACCGCCACCCCCAUCGACCAGGAGCGGAGUCCGUACGUGUUCUACGACACGGAGGUUAUCGCGGUCAUCCAUCGCGCGAAGUCAAAGGGCACGGGGUUGGUCACGACGCAGCUAUGGACGUGGAAGGGGAGGAAGGCGCACAUGGGUAAUCCGGAGGAGCGGAAGCUUCAAGAACUGGCGAAGCGGUAUGGCACGACCAUGGUGCCGGUCAAUCAGUAUCAGGAACCUUCCGAGCUGCUCUCCGUGCUGGGAGGACGAUUGGCGGUGCGCCAGGGAACCCGUGCGCAUUGGUCAUCGGACAAUACCGCCAUGCAUCUCAUUCGCCUGCACAAUGGAUCGAUUCUCAUUGACGAACAUGACCUGGACGUUCGUAAUCUGUGUUCCGCAUUUAGCUACUGCUUGACCAUCCUGGACAACGUCUACGUGUGGCAUGGCCGUGGCGCGCGCGGGGAGGAACGGGAGGCGGCGGCCGCGUAUGCACGAUCGCUGGCCAACGAUCAGAAGGCGGUAUCGGUGCUUACCGAGGGCGUCGACGAUGACGACGAAAUGUUCUGGAUGAUGCUCGGUGAGCCAGAAUAUGCGAAUGCCCACCAUUGGAGGUGGCGGCCGGACGUGCCGUCACCCCACCCACGAGUCUGGCGAGUGGAUGCGGGCACGAAAGAGGUGGCGCACCACGUCCCAUUCGUAUCGGCCGAGCGGGCGCUGCGUUCAUCGGUGCUCGUAGUUGACUGCGUAUGGGAAUUCUUCGUCCUCGUCGGGACCGAAGCGCGCGGGGACCGCCACAACAUCCGCACCGCGCUUUCUCUCGCCCUGGCCAUGUCGGGUGGCGUUGCGUCCGUGAGACCGUUCACACCCCCCGUACAUGUUGUAGUGUUCCCAUCGCAGGUUCCUGCGGAUCUACGGCUCGCCGUGCGCGAUCUAGACGAGGUGCAGCUGAACGACGGUGGUGUUCCUGACCACAUGAACAUACUUCCCGCCGUCGAGGCCCUCAAUCAUCUAUCAAAGAUGGAAUGGGAGAGAACCUAUCUUAAAGAUCAUGAGUUUUUACCGUUAGGCGUCCAUCCUUCUAAUUUGCCGUAACAUGCGUGGCCCGGAGAAAUUCGAAGACAUCUGAAGAUAAUCU